UGCUGAGAGGAAACAGCUAAAUUUAAUUACUUCUCCUCAACCAAAAGUAUUUACAAUUUGUUUAAAUUCAAAAAAAAGUAACAACUAUAAAAUAAAUCAGCGUAAUGUCUGUACCGUUACUCAGCAGAUACCUGCAGCAUUUUCAUCUGCUCAUUCUAUUGUGUCUUCUCUUCCAUUGGAUUCACAAGGCAGAUGGUGUAUAUAUGACGCGAUCACGAGUGCCAUGUGAAGAUCCUGAACCGCUGAAAAAUGGUUUCUCAGCUUCAAAACGGCGUAAUAUGUUGUUGCAACAUUAUUGCAAUUAUGGCUUCAAGUUGAUCGGCGAUAGGCGGACGCAGUGCAAUCGGGGCAAAUGGAAUGGCAAUCGGCCGAUUUGUGCGAAGCCCGGUUGCAUCAUUCCCUCGGAGAAUCCUGAGCAUGGCAGAAUUCAAUAUAUUGAUCAGUAUCAUAUCGGUCUUUAUUGCUCAGAGGGCUUUGAUUUGGCUGGUAAUCGCUAUGCUUAUUGUAACGGCACGGAUUGGGAUCGUUCGCUGGGCUUUUGUCGGAGAGCAUUCAUUCCAUUAACAGAUUUAGCAACACCUACAAAAAAACAAUUCAUUACAACGAAGAAUACGUAA